GAGCAUCCUGACGUCUUCUCGGAGCACAAAGUAAAAACGCAUCUCAUCAGAGAGAUGCUGCUACAAAGCCUGCACGGAUUAUACAAGGACGGUCUUUAAACACAUCUGACGCCUUCAGGGAAGCUUUUAUAUUAAUUGUAUUAUUUUUAAUUUUUGACGGCAAUCUGUUAUUUUGUCCGCGGGAUGCCGAUGGCCACCAGCAGCAUCAGCACCAGCAGCACCGGAGGGCCGUGGAUUCAACCAGCACACCUAGCAGGCUGAGACCUUGCUCCCUUGCCUGACCUUUGACCCCUGCAGAAAAACGACAGACUGAUCACCAUGAUGCAGCAGAGAGCUGACUUAUAAGAAACCUGAAAUACAAGCAGAAAGAUGACAGAGAGCCGGAGGAGGAGGGAGCUGAAAGACAUUAAACGAGAGGAAAAGUAGGACAAAAUAAAAAAGGAUGUGAAUGUCGCACCGACACUGACCUGUUUCUUCAUCAAACCACCUGCAACAAGCUUCAACAAAAACCAAAACACUUUCAUCUUCCUGCAGAAAUGUGAGAGGAAGACAGCAGCGCGAUUGUUUCUUACCGACAAAAUCUGUAAAUGUGGAGUUUAAAAUCAGAGACAGCAAUUAAGAUUGUGUUACAACGACAACCAAAUCAACAAGAUUGUAAAACAAACUGUCCGGAGAAUUGUCGGCAUAAAACUGUAAUUUGUGCGGAGACUUAACUUUCACGAUGACGCACCUCCACGCCGGCCUGAGCCCAGAGACCACGGAGAAAGCUCGUUUGGAGCUGAAUGAAAACCCAGACACUCUGCAUCAGGACAUCCAGCAGGUGCGGGACAUGAUCGUGACGCGGCCGGACAUCGGCUUCCUGCGGACGGACGACGACUUCAUCCUACGCUUCCUGCGAGCGAGGAAGUUCAACCAGACGGAAACCUUCCGGCUGCUGGCCCAGUACUUUCAGUUCAGACAGCAGAACCUCGACAUGUUCCAGAGCUUCAAGGUGGACGACCCCGGGAUAAAGCGCGCUCUGAUGGACGGCUUCCCAGGUGUGCUGGAGACUCCGGACCAACACGGCCGCAAAAUCCUUAUCCUGUUUGCCUCCAACUGGGACCAGAGCAGGUAUUCGUUCCUCUCCUUGUCUCUUCUCCUUGUGUCCUCUCCUCUCAUGUUUCUAUCCUUGUGUCAUGGUGUCUUGUUAUCCUCGUCUCCUCACCUCCUUGUCUCCUCUCCUCAGGACAGUUUUCCGGCCCGUUUUGGAGGGAUCCACUUUGUGAAUCAGCCGUGGUAUAUUCACGCCAUGUACACCAUCAUCAAGCCUUUCCUCAAGGACAAGACCAGGAAAAGGAUCUUCCUCCACGGGAACAACCUGAACUCGUUGCAUGUCCUCUUGCAGCCGGAGUGUCUCCCCUCAGAGUUUGGGGGGACUCUCCCUCCCUACGACAUGGGGAUCUGGGCGAGGACGCUGCUGGGACCCGACUACAGCGACGAGACGGAGUACACACUGACCUACGACGCUCUGCAUGUGAGGGAGAGCUGCGGGGGAGAUAAGGAGCUGAUGAAGAGGUCUCAGUCGGUGGUGGAGCCAGGAACUCUCCGACAAACGGACAGAGAGACCAGCACGCCGCUCCUCGCCCUGGACUGAACACAACACAACACAACACAACACACACACACACACAGCAACAGACACCCACUUUUUAGAAACACUGCUGUGUAUCAAGCUGGUGGCGUCCUUUAGCAACAUGAACUCUGCCAAUGAAUUUCCCACACACACACACACACACACACACACUCUGUCUCUGAGCCGCAUAAUGCCUCCCAGCUGAGCCUCUCUGCAAACAGCAGCAUCUGUCAACAACAACAAACACACACUCUGAAGUGUGUGUGUGUGUGUGUGUGUGUGUGUGUGUGUGUGUGUGUGUGUGUGUGUGUGUGUGUGUGUGUGUGUGUGUGUUGUUUGAAUUCAGUCAUUCUGUCAGAAACAAGGGGGAAUGUAUGAGGAACAUUUCAUCUGUUUCUGAGGCUGAAACUCUAUUUAAACCUCAGAGGAAAUCGCUGACAAAGUAUAAAAUCAUAUCCAUAAAAAUUAUGAAACAUUCAAAGCGAGUUCCACCAAAAGAAAUACAUGUUUUAAUUCAGAAGUGAAGACAAUGCUUGUUGGUGAAACUCAGCCUUAAAUGUUUGGAAGAGCAUUUAUCUUUUGCUUUCCGAUCUUAAAUCUACAGUUCAGGUAACUGACAGGGCGGCUCUAACUUCUUUAUCUACUUGCUGGAGUAUUUCCUCAAAAUAUUAAUCAAAUACUUUGUAUUUUUCUGACAUUUAUGUCCCGAUAAUCUGAAGGAGAAAGACAUUCAUUAAAACCAGGAGGACGAAUAAGAAACCUCACUUUGGUAGAAUAAUUCUCACCUUUUUUCUUUCUUGUAAAAACCACAAAAUCACAGGCACUUUGCACACGUUUUUCUAAAUGAAAGCACUGCACAUGUUGCCACCAAUUGCUAAACACUAUAACGGGAUCACAUGCAUGAAAACGUCAAAACAAAUAUUCUACCAGAGUGAAAUGUUUCUUUCAGAUAAAGUAUUGUGCUGUGAAGAAACCAUAGGAUGCCAAAUCAUCACCUUUACCCUCGACUGAAGUGUAGGGAAAGAUUGUUUUUAUUGAAUCUAACUUAUUAAUAUUAUGAAGAUUGUAUAUUAUUGUUAUAAGUAUUAUCACACUGCAAAAAGACUGACGCUCUUGGCCUGUUUUACCCUGAGAUAUUUUAAGUGUAAUUAUCAUCAUGCGCUGUUUCAUGUACUUGUAAAGAAAGGUUAAGUAGCAGGUUGAUCAUUUCACCAAAUAUCUUGAGGAGUAUUUGUAAAUUAUAGAGGCCAGUGUGUCAUGAUUUUUUGCAGUUUGACUCAUCAUCAGGGCUACACUGAUCUCCACUCGACUGUAAUGUAAUGUAUUUCCUUUCAAUGAAUGUAUAGAAGUAAACAUUUACACCAAC